AUGCCUUAUGGAGAUUUCAUAUUAAAAAUACAAAUAGAUGAAUUAGAUAAAGAAGCACCAAUUUACAUUGAUGAUAAAUUAAUUAAAUUUUUUGCUGAAAAAUGCAAAAAUCUAAAAGAAUUAACGUUAAGGUUUUCUCAGAAGAAAAGAAAAAAUAAAGCGUGUUUACCUCCUUUGGAGUUGCUUGGGGAUCGAAUAAAUAAUUUGACAAUAGUCAAUUAUGAGAAUUGGGAUAAAAAUUAUGACGAUGAUGAUGAACAAGAACAACAGUUGCAAAUGUCAUCGCCGGUUACUAUAGGACAACAACUUUUGAAUAUUGUGUAUAAUUGUUAUAAAAAUACAAAAAUACCUUCUAUCUGUAAAGCUUCAGAUAACAUGCAAGAAAGACCAAAAGGAGGUUUAAACGAUUGCAGCAGAGAAGAUGAAGCGGAAUACCAUGAUGCGUUAAGCGAAACUGUUAAAUUAGGAGUCGCUAAAAGUGUUCGAUUAUAUGAUCCAAAAAUGUCUGAAUGUAUGUGGGAAAGUUUUAAGAGCAAUGCAAAAAAUUCCUUGCAAUCGAUUAGAAUAACAUUUAAUCAAACAAGUUUAACAACAGAUCCAUCAAUGAUUGUUAUGCUAUUUGGAAAAUAUUGUAAGAAUUUAAGAAUAUUUGAUAUCGAUACAUUUCAACAAGCCAUAUCUAAAGAUUCCAUAUUGAUAUUACUGGAAAAUUGUAAAAAAUUAGAAUAUUUAGAUAUAACAGCAUCAAUCAAUGGGAAUGAUUUAAAUCAAAUUAACGAAUGUAUGGAGAAUUUAAAAGAUUUAUUAUUUUUGAAGAAUUUUCCAAAUUUAGAGUACUUGUCGAUUGGGAAUUUUGUUAAAACUCCAAACAUAUCGGAUGAAGCAUUACUCAUGUUUGGGUCAAUGAAUUCAUUAGUCAAGUUUAAAAUUAGAACUCGUUUACCCAAUGUGACGCAAAAAGGUUGGAUUAAUUUAGUUAGAAGGCCAAUCGGUUGCCCUUCUUGGCGUGUAAUUACAAUCGAUGAUGGUAGACAAAUUAAUUCCGAAUUUUCGAAACGUUAA